AGGGCCUCGCGCGACGCGGCCCCACAGGGCCGCGCUUUACACACCUACCGGUCACCCAUUCCAGUCAUCUUGCUACCCGAGUUGUCCGAUGACAUUGAGUCCACGCCUAUCUUGGUGGUACGCAAGAGUACAAAGCAUCGGCUUUGUUGCGAACAAGAAAUCCUAGCCCCAGUCGCCCGCAACAGUCUCUAUUAUUUCCCUUCCUCACGAAGACACAUUCUCUGUCCAGCAUAUCGCGACCAGGGAUGUUCGGAUUCCGCAACCAGCCUCUGAGGGCUGUAUACUUCACAUACGUCGUCGUAACCGGUAUUUUCUUACGGCUGCCCUACUGUUUUCUACGAGCAUCCAUCCCAUCGCUGCGCACCCGCCCGUCAUGGACGCUGAAACGGGAGAUCAUGACAGACGUAAUGCGGAACCUCAUCGCGACGCUGCUCAUGAUACGCAUUCGUCCACUGCGCGCAGAGGACCCGAAGCGUUUCGUGACCAACCCACCUACGGAGCACAUUGCGUACACUCGCUACGAGCCCAUCCCAGAAAAUCUGAUACUUGGCGAGGUCAAGGGGCUUGGAGAUUUGAACAGAGUCAGGCCGGAGCCAUUUUGCGGAUAUUGGAUCAAGCUGAAGGGCGCCGCCGGGAAGCCAGACGAGAAAGCGGGCCCCGACGAGAAAGUCCUCAUGCAUCUCCACGGCGGAGGAUACAUCGCUACCUCGUCGUACCCCGAGGGCGACGGCUGCGGUAACUUCUAUCACGACCUGCUCUCCCAGUGUACCAGCAUGCGGCGCAUCUUCUCCUGCGGCUACCGCCUUUCGACGUCAGCUCCCUUCCCCGCGACUAACGCCUUCCCAGCAGCGCUCUUCGACGCGCUCGCAGGAUACUACCACCUCCUACACGUCGCCGGUUUCCGCGCAGAAAACGUCUCCAUCAGCGGUGACUCCGCGGGCGGGCACCUCGCGCUUGCACUGACACGCUAUAUCGCGCUCUACCGCCCUGCGGGCCUCCCGAUGCCCGGGCGACUCGUCCUCCUCAGUCCCACGGUGGAAUGGGAGAUCACGCACGACGGGCCUCACGCGUCGUUCGGCAGGAACCUCUCCUCCGAUUACUGCACGCCGUUCUUCUGGGGCUACGUGAAACGGAGCCUGCUGGGGAACAUGCCCGAUGAGGCCGCGGCCACUAGCCCGUGGAUCUCCCCCGGAUCGCUGCGCCUCCGGGAAACACAAGGGCUGUUCAAGGGCCUGCCAAAGACGUAUGUCACCGUUGGAGACGCUGAGAUCCUCUUGGACGCGUACCGUACGUUUCGCGACCGGUUAGUGGCGGAUAUCGGGGAGGAGAACGUCACGUAUGUCGAGGUCAUGGACGCGACCCAUGAUUUCGUGACUCAGGAUUGGCACGAGCCUGAGCGCACGAACUCCAUGAAAGAGAUUGUGGCAUGGGCGGGGUGGUUAUAAGUGCGAACUUACUACAAUUUCUAUGCAACUGUCUUUGUUGAUGAGAAAUGGUCACCGCAGACAGCGGAGCUGAUUGUUGGGAUCGGAGUGCAUGGCUCCGUCUCGAGCCAGCUCGAACUUCUCGCCUGAAGGGUGUGUGCUGAGCCAACGACGUGGUAUCGACGCUAUGCAUUUGUGUGCGUCUCCUGAUGGGUGGUGCACAUGCGCAUAUACAUGAUGGAACCCAGUCCAAGAGCGCACGUCACUGCAAAACACAGCUGGGA